CGACGGCGCACAUGAUCUCUUUCAGCUGCGACGACGUCACAAAGAAGGGUGCAGUUGCGGUCUGUCAGUUUACAGAGGAAAAUAUUUCACAUCAGUAGAAGCAGCAGCUGUUCCCACACACACAGGUAGGAAGGAGAGGAGCGGAGAGGCUGAGCUGUUCUUUGCCGGCCAGCGUCGCUGACGGAAGACAACACACAGGGACAUACUGCAGCCGGGAGUCACACAGACGAUAUGUCAUCAGAUCAGGCAGAGCCCCCCCUCUCCCAGCAGCUCCGCUCCCCCCGCUCCCCCGUCCUGCCGUCCCUCUUCUACCCCCACGAGGGUGGAAGGAGCUGGGAGCGCGGGGGCAUAGUCCCUGGUGACCUGCCCAGCCCCCUCCCCACCAAACGCACCCGCACCUACUCUGCGGCUGCUCGAGCCACGUUGGGCCCACUGUACAAAGGGACGUGCAAAUGCUUCUCCCGAUCCCAGGGACACGGUUUUAUUAUCCCCAAGAAGGGGGGAGAGGACAUUUUUGUACAUAUCUCUGACAUCGAGGGCGAAUAUGUACCUGUGGAAGGAGACGAGGUGACGUACAAGAUCUGUGCCAUUCCCCCCAAGAACUUGAAGUACCAGGCGGUCGAGGUUGUGCUGACACACUUAGCUCCGGGAACAAAACACGAGACGUGGUCUGGGCAGAUCAUGCAUUCCUGA